GGAAGGAGCCAAGAAAAGCAUUCCGUGCCAAAGUGAGACCCCGGAAGUGAAACCCCGGAACGAAGCUGAACAACGGGCUCCAGUUCGGUGCCAGCAAACACAGGACUGGAAUGUGACUUCCGGCAGCGCACAGGUGCUCCCAGGUCACCUGCUUUGUGGUCCAGCCUCCUGCUGAGUCACCUGCUUUGUGAUCCAGCCUCCUGCUCUGCCCCAGGUGACCACAUGACCACUGUGGACUUUGCCUUGAAAUCUUUUGGGAGGAGAAGAGGCCUGACCUUGGGGCUGGGGGCCAGCGGGCACUGCCCUGGUCCAAGGCUGCUGCUCUUGACCUCUGCUCUGAGGCUGUUUUCUACUGGAGCAGAGGCUCCUUCUGUCCUGCCUGUGGAGGGAAGCAAACCUUCCCCUGGGCCAGAGAGAGGAGAAAGGGGAGACAGGUAGCAACGCUGUGGACUGGUGAUGAUAGGCUCUUCAGCUCCCUGCAAGUGACCGGGCCUGGGGAACAGGGCAUGGCACAGGCACACAGGACCCCCCAGCCCAGGGCUGCCCCCAGCCAGCCCCGUGUGUUCAAGCUGGUUCUCCUGGGAAGUGGCUCCGUGGGUAAAUCCAGCUUGGCUCUUCGGUAUGUGAAGAAUGACUUCAAGAAUAUCCUGCCUACGGUGGGCUGUGCGUUCUUCACAAAAGUGGUGGAUGUAGGCACUGCCUCUCUGAAGCUUGAGAUCUGGGACACAGCUGGCCAGGAGAAGUACCACAGUGUCUGCCACCUCUACUUCAGGGGCGCCAAUGCUGCGCUUCUGGUGUACGACAUCACCAGGAAGGAUUCUUUCCUCAAGGCUCAGCAGUGGCUGAAGGACCUGGAGAAGGAGCUGCACCCAGGAGAAGUCCUGGUGAUGCUGGUGGGCAACAAGACAGACCUCAGCGAGGAGCGGGAGGUGACCUUCCAGGAAGGGAAGGAGUUUGCCGAGAGCCAGAAGUUGCUGUUCAUGGAAACUUCGGCCAAACUGAACUACCAGGUGUCAGAGGUGUUCAGUGCCGUGGCCCAAGAGCUACUGCAGAGAGACGACAGGGAGGACCAGGCUCCGCAGGGGGAUGCAGCUGUGGCUCUGAACGAGGGGCCCGCGAGGCAGGCCAAAUGUUGUGCCCACUAGGUGCAGCCACUCCUGGGGGCUGUGGAGAAGACGCCCCCUGCCUGGGCCAUGGACAGCUCUGCAAGGAUUCUGAUUCGCUCUUGAUGCUGGGUUGCUCCCAAGCCCUAGAGGUUCCUGGAAGUUGGCCCCCUUUAUAAAAACCACUUCCCACAGCCAGUGGGAACCGCCAGGGGAAGAUCUGAUGUCACAUGGCUCCCGGGAAAGUGCUGUGCCCCAUCCCCACCGACACCCUCUGAUCCUCCGAUGCCUGUGCCUGCCCUACCUGGACGGUGGCCCCCUCAGCCAGGCAGCCUCUGGGCAGAGAGGAAGGAAGGAUUGGAAAAGUCCCUGGAGCACAGCGAUGGUGGGAAGAUGCCUUACCCCUGAUCUGGGUGGGGGCACUGGCCUGGAGCUUGGGCCCACCUGCUUCGGGGAGUUGGGGAGCAGGCCCAGAUGGAGGUGGUGGUGCCAGGAAGAAACGGAGCGAUGACUGACUGUGGGGCGGGCACAGGAUUUCCGCGUAUUGGUGAAGUUGCCCCGGGAAGGGCAGCGGGGGCAGUGGCACCAGUUCCCUCCCAUGGUCUCCCGGCUGGCAGUGUGGUGAAGCUGAGUUUCUGUCCAAUGCGUAGGAAGGUUCUGAGACAUUUCGCCUGAGAUGUAAGGUGUACUGCGUAUGCAUUGUUUUCUCCAAAAAUUAAAUUGCUUUUGACAAUCUG